AUGGCGUGGUGGAAGACUCGUGGCAGAGCGAUAUGGACCGAAGCCAAGAGCAGAAGAAAGAAACGUCAGUGGUUCCGGAGUCGUUCCCGAGCGCUACUACGCCCCAACCAACUUCGAUUCCAGAGCCACUCACCAGUAGCAGUAUACCCGAACCCAUUACGGGCUACAGAGGUGGAGGCUUGUUUGUUCGAGUCGGACCGGGAGCAAGAUGGAACACGGAAUCAAGAAUGGCCACAUGGCAGCCCAGAUGCGCCAAUCGUGAUAGAGGCAGAGACGAGGACUAAGAAUGUAUCCACGGCACAGGGGGAUUUGGCAUUCCCUAGCGAGGAUGCAGAUACCACUUGUGCCAUGUCGGUGGUCCACUCGGUGAAGCCGGAUCAACGUAAGGGUGAGACUGGCGCCCGCAACAACGGGCAACGCCAAUCCCCCUUCACGGGGCCGCAUCGCCGAUCCGAAACCGAGCCCAUGGAGACUAUGGUCGCGGUUGUGGUUCCAGCCAUCUCACGUUGCCAGCAAGACCCGGUAAUCCCCAAGGGGAACGAAAGCGAACGGCAUGUUCCCUUGACCCGCCAACGGAAGGCCCGGCAAAAGUCAAUGCGUCAAGUUUUGACGAGCCAGCACCGUCGUACCCCUGGUAGCCCCGCGCGGCCUGCGAGUGACAAUGGGGCUGAGUCGGACGUAAGACGCACGAGCGAUCUCUCUGACGACUCGGAUGAAGAUUACACUGCGAGUAGCGACGACGGUGAUUCAGUGAAGACACCAGCGAAGCGACGCAAACUUUCCUCGCGGUCAGCCGUUACCACCUCACGCCGAGCUCCGUCUCGGUCUCGACCCCGGGUUGCGCGAGCCGUUGGGGAUCAUCGACAGACAGAGCGGAAGCCUCGCAGCGUACCAUCAGUAGCCGCCGCAGAGCGCUCCGUAGGCUCCACACGCGCGGGUCAGAAACGGUGCAAGCGCUCCAGCCCUGUGGUGCCCGCCGGCGGCGCCGAGCAGACUUUGAGCCCGCGGCUAUUGUCGCCGGAGGACAUUUCUACGCUGGUGUCCGCCUUUGCCCAAAAGCUUCUGGACCUCCGCAGGGAUUCUUCGACCGACGCCAUGCGUGGCACGGAUGAGGAGGUAGCUGUGGUUCAUGCUGACGAGAGUGCAAGCGAGGAUGAAAGGAUUGGAGAGCGGGGCAGGAAAAGGCCUCGAUGGACCCGGGAAGAUGAUAGGCGUCUAAAGGACCUGAAGACGCGGGGUUGGCGCUGGUGGGAGAUCGAGCAGCAGUUUCCAGGGCGAACAAAAAGCGCCCUGCAGCAGCGAUGGUCGACAUUCCCGGCAAGGGAAGCAUCGCCAGUAACUGACGUGCAGAAGCAAGAAUGUAAGCCGAUAAACUGA